AUGUCAUUCUUCACAUUCCCCUUCGUUUCCCCCUCACCUGCCUGCUUUUCUGCACGCCCCAGCCAGCGUUUUUCUCAACCUUUCCUGAGUGCCUGUCUUGCAGCUCCAGUCCACCAUCUUUCACACCAUGAGGUUCAUCCUAUCUUCCAUCCUGGCCGGUCUUGCCACAGUCGGUCUUGCAGCCGCCCAGGCCGGCACAGAGUGGAACAUCACCAACGUGCCGUCGUCCGGUCUCAACGACCUCACCUUCCCCUUCUCAUUCGCCAAGGCCCCGCACGAGACGGGCUACUACUUUGCCAACCAAAUCUGGAUCGUUGACAGCCCGGGCGUCAUCUACGGUGGCUUCCAACCUCGCCCAGACAAUUCGUCGGGAAAGGCUGUCAUCCAUAGCGUCUUCUCCAGCUUCCUUAAUGGCACCACGAGCAGCGACGACAACUGCGGCGACGGGGCUGACGAUGGACCGGGUGUUAGCUGCGCCUACGAGUUCGAGGUCUCCUCCUACGACGGUACGUGGAACCUUGUCGUCACAAGGGAAGACUCCACGUCGACUGUCUGGUCUGGUGCGGCUGUUCACGCCGAGACGGGCGACAGCCACCACAUCGGUACCUUCACGCUGCCCUCGGGAACAGGUGGCCUUUUCAGCGACCAGUAUGGGUUUGUCGAGUACUACCCCUGGAACGGGUACCCAGAGUGGACGUGUAAAGACAACGUCCCUUACACAGAGGUCACCUUCUACCCGCCUACUACAGAAAGUGCUACUGGCGGUAAGCAGACGGGAGCCCUCUAUGGUUUCAUCAAGGACUCGUGCAAGGGGUAUGGGGAGGCCACUACUGCGUCGGAUGGCUCGGUUACUUUUAAGAUCAAGGAGUGAUGUACUGGAUGCUUGUCUGUGUUCCUUCAUGGAUGGACAGACUAUCAUAUACGUCCAUAGUUCAAGUCUGGAAUUAAGAUGUGGAAAAAGAUAGGAACUUUCGGGAAUGAAAGUGUUAAUAACUAGUUUGGUAAAAGAAGUGAUAAAUGACAUGCAACUAGUGACCUUUGGCAUACGUUCAGAGAUCCAUUGCACAGAUUCAGCAAGAACCAGCCAAGUAAAGAAUCAGCGAGGCCGUUGAGUCAAGCAGUAAUUUCAAACCCUGACCUCACGGGGUUCGUUUCGGCUUAUUCGGAGACCAAAAGUACCCGACAUCUCUAGUGCCAUUAGGUAUACUGACAGCGAGUGUGCUCAAUGCUGGUAGAGGGGAAAUAUGAGGCAAUCUCUGAAAGGAAGGUCCGAUGAAUAGG